AUGAACUUGACGGAAUUACAGCAGCAUCGUGCAAAUACAAAGCGAAAUAUCAGCCGCAUUAAAAGUGUAAUCGAUGCAAAUGGUCGUGGCGAUGGUCGAACAUUAUCUUCUGCGGAACUAAAGUGUCGAUUUGGAAUAGCCGAAUCAUAUUUUAAGCAGAUUCUGUCAUAUCAAACACAAAUUGAAGCGCUGGACCCUGAUGACAAUUCUCGUGGCGAUCUGGAAGAAUUGUAUAUAGGAAUUAAGCUUGAAAUUGAAUCACAAUUGGGUGAAGAAGUAAACACUUCAACUUUACAGUCAACACUGUCAGUUUCACAGCCGCAUCCGCACAAAUUGCCAGCUCUUAAACUGCCCUCAUUCAGUGGCAAAUAUUCAGAAUACAACAACUUCAUUACUUCCUUCAAGCAAAUGAUAGAUCGGGAAAUGGUUUUAUCUAACGUAGAAAAAUUUAAUCAUUUGUUGAACUGUUUUCAGGGUCCAGCACUCGACACCGUCAAGGCGUUUCAAGUUAGCAACGAGAAUUAUCCUAAGGCGCUCGAACGACUGAAGUCGCGCUAUGACCACCCCACUUUGAUAUUCAUGGAAAACAUCACGUCACUCUUUGAGCUUCCGGCAGCAGCUAAACAAGGUAGCCAGUUAAGACAUCUUGUAGACACAGCAUCGGCGCUGUACAGCGCACUUUCUUCCUUGGGUUCAGACCGCGACAUAGCCAACGCAAUGCUGAUACAUCUUGUGAUUGGAAAGGCAGAUGAAGACACUCAACGAAAAUGGAAGGAGUCGCUCGAUUUUACGAGCUUGCCGACAUGGAAAGAUUGUGCCAAACUACUCGAAAGGCGCUGCCAAUAUUUUGAGUCCAUAGAUUCCAGCGGCAAUCAAGAUACAUCACACUCGUCGUCACAGAAGUUUGAGCAAUCCAAAUCAUCGCGAAAGGCAAAUCAACAGCAUCGCCACGCCUUUUCUAUCACAAGUUCCCAGCGUAAUUGUGUUCUAUGUUCCAGCAACGAACACGUCAUCAAAGAUUGCUCUCGUUAUAAAUCGCUAGAUGUUGGCUCGCGCUUCGAAAAUGUAAAGAAACUUGGAUUGUGCAACAACUGCCUUGCUCCAGGGCAUUUCCUUUCAAAAUGCCCGUCGACUUUCAAAUGCAAAUCAUGUUCAGCUCGCCAUCAUUCGUCGCUAUGUAGAAAAUCUGAAGUGAGUUCAACGACAUCGCGCGACGCUAGUGCGAUUGUACAUACUCAUUUGGGUAAUUCGUCCUUCGAGCAAGUAAUUCUUGCAACCGCAAUCGUAUUAGUGCGAGAUGCUGCAGGCAAUUACCAACUUGGUAGAGCAUUACUUGAUUCGUGCUCACAAGUAAAUUUUAUAACUGACAGUUUUUCGCAACGUCUACGCCUGCAAAGGAAGAAGCAACGCGUGGAAAUUUUAAGCAUCGGCAAUUCACCAACAACCAUAAGGCAUAAGGCUAUAGCUACCAUCAAAUCACGUCAUUCAGAUUUUGAGUUGCCACUUGAGUUUUUCGUAACGCCACACAUUUCACAUCAACCAGUGCCUGACAUAGACGUUUCAUCCUGGAACUUGCCAGCGAAUAUAAAUCUGGCCGACGAACAUUUUCACAAAUCGCAGGGAGUUGAUUUGCUAUUAGGAACUGAUUGCUUCUUCAACGUCCUAUCCAUCGGGCAAAUUAAGUUAAAGGAAUCACUGCCAAUCUUGCAGAAGACUUUGUUGGGGUGGAUCGUUGCUGGCAAAUACAAUUCACCAACAGUUAUCGCAGCAUCCAUUUCACCCUCACUCACGUCGUCGCUAGCUACUUCAUGCAGCGUAUCGGAUACUUCGCUUACCAAUGGUCCAGCAUCUAUCAACGUAGCACCGUGUUUGUUAUCUUGUGAGGAAAUAAUACAGCAGCAAUUGGAGCGAUUGUGGCAAAUCGACAAUACGACUAUCAAUGCAUCGCCACUCACCGAUGAACAGGCUGCUUGUGAAGCAUUUUUUGUGAAGACCGUGGAUCGUGAUGCUACGGGUCGAGUCAUAGUGCAAUUGCCCUUUAAGAACGAUGUCGCUGUUCUGGGUACAUCGUAUGGUACUGCGCUUAGACGAUUAAUUUCGCUCGAACGUCGCCUUCAAUCGCAACCGGAAGUUAAGUCACAAUAUGUAGAUUUUAUGCAAGAAUAUGAGGCAUUGGGCCACAUGACGAAACUUGAAAACGUUGACUUGUCAAGCCCACAUUUCUACAUGCCUCACCACUGCGUACUUCGGCCCACCAGUACCACAACAAAGCUACGUGUUGUCUUCGACGCGUCGUGUCGCACAUCUACCCAAAAAUCGCUAAACGACAUACUUCAAGUGGGAGCUACCAUCCAAAAUGAUCUUUUCAUUUUGCUACUUCGCUUUCGUCUACAUCGCUAUGCACUGACUGCUGAUGUAGUAAAAAUGUACAGGCAAGUGCUAGUGCAGCCAGCUCAUCGCCGCUUCCAGUUAAUUUUGUGGAGGUCUUCACCGAUGGAGGAACUGCGCUCUUUCCAACUAAACACCGUUACCUAUGGCACGUCUGCUGCACCAUUUUUGGAAGUGCGUACGCUCAAGUACUUAGCCGACCAGUACGGAACUCAGUAUCCUCUUGGUGCACAAAUUAUCAACUCUUCUUUCUACGUCGAUGAUUUGCUCAGUGGUGCAGACUCAUUUCGUGAACUCUCGCAAAUCAAAAGGGAGGUAACCGAAAUUCUUAGCAAGGGUGGCUUUGACUUAGCGAAGUGGCACUCGAAUUACCAAAGCCUUACGAACAAUGAGGAGGAAAAGUACAUGAGUUUCGACAAUUCAAACACAACUAGCACACUAGGACUAACAUGGAACCAAACACAAGACAUGUUCCAGUUUUCGUUUAAGCCCAAGAAGCCGUUUAAUGCACCACACUUCGGCGGCCUAUGGGAGGCUGCGGUGAAGGCAGCCAAAGGUCACUUAGAACGAACACUUUCUGGUGCUCGCUUAACGUUUGAGGAGAUGUCAACGGCAUUAAUUGAAAUCGAGGCCAUUUUGAAUUCUCGGCCCAUUGCCCCACUAUCCACAGAUCCAAGUGACUGCGAAGCGUUGACUCCGGGGCACCUGCUGAUUGGGUGUUCGCUAAAGGCACUCAGAAUCGUACAAGCAGAUCGAUCACCUAAACCAUUGGCAUCGAAUCACAGCCGUGAAGCAACACUUUUGGCAGCGCUGGUCACAUGA